UAGCCUCCCGGAAGUGCGGACAUUGCCCUGGGCGUCUUGGUGGUGGUGGUGAGAUUUUGGUGGGGUUGGAGCUCUCUCGCCCGGUCUCUGUCAGUGUACCGGUAGCUUGCCCUCGCCUCACAUCUCGGCCCGGUCCUCGUCCAUCGACCUCGGUGUCCCUUCCUUCCUUCCUUCCUUCCUUCCCUGGCGGUUUGAUUCUCAUCCUUGGAUCCGCACGGUCCUUGUGCGCUUAGUUUAAAUACUAACCUGGAAGAACCUGGAAUUACCUGAGAAGAGUUUGAAUGAGUGCUGAUCAAGAUCCACUUGGCCUGUGAGCAUGUCUGUGAUUAUUUCGAUUGUUAAAGGAUGUAGGAAGACCUCGUCCAUUGCGGGCAUCAAAACUCCUUAGGCAGGAGAUCCUCAACAGGUUUUGGAACUCAAGCCUGGGACAAUGGUGUGCAUUCCUUGUAUCGUCAUUCCAGUUCUGCUCUGGAUCUUCAAAAAAUUCCUGGAGCCGUACAUCUACCCUCUGGUUUCCCCCGUCAUCAGCCGUAUAUGGCCUAAAAAGGCUGUACAAGAAUCCAAUGCUAAAAAUAUAGGCAAAGUAGACUGCCAGGGUGCAGAUAUCAAUGGAUUACCCAAAAAAGGAGCAACAGAGGUCUCUGAGAAGAAGAAAAACUAGUGUGGUUUUCCUGUAGCCCUCAGCUGUUUUCAAAUGGACCCGAUAAUAUGAAGCACCUUCUUUGUCUCUUGACUUUUUUCUCUGAGACCAGGAUUAUAGAUAAGCAGUUUAGCUAUCUGCCUGAUACUGAUCAGGAAGAACAUGGUAUUUAUAUUUAAAGUAUAAGUAGUUAUAUUUAAUGACCCCACCCUGAGUUUCUUGUUGAUUAAAGUAGCUUUCAUUUCUACUAAUAAGGAUAAAUAGAAGAUUUGUGUGAGCAGACACUCACAACCUGCAGUCCUUGGGCCUUUACAUUCUUUCGCUUCCUGUGGGCUCUCAUCUAGUACAGUGGAUGGAAUGAGGUGUGAAAGAUCAAAUUACUGAUAAUCACAGCUGAGAGCUGAGACUUAGGAGUAGUUAUUGCGCUAAGGAACCUGAAAAAGAAGGAACUAGGGGAACUUCUUUGAAAAAUGUACCAUCAACAUCAGUGUCAAUCACAUAAACUCUGAUUCUGCUGUACUUCUCAUCCUGCAGGUGCAUUAAACAUUCAUUUUAACUUGU